ACAAUGCGAUUCUGGAGUGCCAUUGCCUCAAUCGCAAUACUUCCCAUCGUCGCGGCUGAUUUCUACACUGCUUUGGUCAAUUGCAACACUAGUCAGAGGCUGGAAGUCGAUUGGGCCAUCGUCGCUGCGAAUGUCAUCCCUGGGUCUCUAGGCGCUUGCGAAGAUAUAGUGCAGGACUGGAUCGUUGGUGUUAUUCACAUUGGGGGAGUGACAAUCGGCUCGAUUUGCGGCACGCACAUCUUAGUGGAUGGGACCUGGGACAACUGGUAUACAGCUGGACACCGCGGAGAAUGUUUCAAAGGUGAUGGAGGCACGAAAUGCAGUCGUGUGUCGGACGGUGCGGAAUGCCAAUAUUCGGUCGUGUCGAAUUGCACCGGCGCUCCACCCUUCUGCGAUUAGCACCAGGAUCUGGUGGAGCAGGCGGCAGCCCAUGUAGAAUACUUAACGAGGCCGGAGCCCUGCCAAGUGGAAAUUACUGUGUGCGUGAAUGCAUCUGCAUCCAGAAGCCGCGUCAACAGAAAGGGUGCGAAGGCAACGGAGACGAUAAA